AUGGAACAUGUCGAGGUGUUCACGUUUUCCCACGUUGAAGACCUGCUGAGAACGACAAACGCUUAUCCGGCAAAGAUGAACGUUUUUUCUACGAAAUCAAGUAACUUUUCGGAGACUAUGUGCGGAAACCGAGUAGGAGCGGGCAAUAGCAUAAGCAAAACGUUUUCGAAAAAAGAAAUUGUCGAAAUGUGUCGGAAGAUGAUCAUGUCGACUGAAUUUGCAAUGCCAAUUUGUCGACUAUGGCAUAAAAAAGAUGAUACAUUUUGGGUUCCAAAGGAAAAUCUAUAUUGUUCGUUUUAA